AUGGCACCGGAAGAUCACGCUAUAUGCGCGACUACCACUUCAGCACAGUCAAAGCCCUUCCGCCUCCUAGACCUCCCACCCGAGCUUUGGAGCAAAAUUGGCAGAGUGGCAGUGGAUGAAGUCCCACGUAUCGAUUCAUAUGCCAUCAGAAAACCUUCAAUGGAUGCCGAAGUGUAUGGAGCCAACCGAAAGCCUUGCACUGGCGACCACCAACCACCCAUCACGCGCGCCUGCGCCGCCCUACGCCACGAGCUCUUACCAUACUACUACAAGUCUCGAGUCGAUGUCGCCAUCUGCCGUAGCACAAGAUGGCUCGUCAAGAACACUGGCAGGUGGCUCCGAGCCAUUGGACCUGCGAACAGGAACCUUGUGCGUGGAAUAAAGGUCAGGAUUGAGGCUCCUCCUACUCAUGUGGAGGGUCUAGCGAGACUCGGGCAUCACUGCCAAUAUUCAUCGUGCAAGUCUGGCACGAGUGUCAGAUGCCCCGAGAAUAAUUUUGUCGAGCUCGUGGAGGAAGAGUGGAAGCUGAAGGUCGUUCUGGUGGAGGAGGAGGCGGCAGAAGAUUGCAGCGACAGCAAGUUGUAUCGCAUCAUGGUGGAGGAGUAA